CCAGCAUUCUCAGCACUGCGUCAUCCCCAAGAAGUGCUUACGCGUUAUCAGGAGACAGUGCGACAUCUCCGAUGACUGAGUCAACAGAAAGAAGUAGGGAAUCUAUAGGCAGCGGCACCUCUCCGUACAGUAUGUCAACUGUAGACAGUGCUCUGUCUAUAGGCAGUGCCACGUCUCCCAGCACCCCGUCACUAUCUGAAGGCCAACGCAAGCCGGCAAAUAACUGCGUGUUUCCUACAGCUAAACAAACUGAUAAAAAAAAUCCUAGAAAAGCCAAUGCUAAAUCAAAAACUCGUCUGGCGAAAAAAACGAAAAAGAAAACAAAAAAACCAAACACACAGAAAGGGAAGCCAUCCGAGACGCAACAAGAAGGCUGUCCCGAGGAUAAUCGUCCACCAGACUGUCCCGAGGAUAAUCGUCCAUUAGAAAAUCUCUACUGGGUCACGUACUUCCAAAAUCGAAUGGGAAGACAGGACGGUGAUGUGCCACGUGUUAGGAGGGGACGCGGUCCCGACACCCCGCGUCCGCGAACCCGACGCGGACCCGGCGGAUGUCUACUGGGGACGUCAUAUUUUAAAAACCGCAAGGACGGUCCCCCAAGGAAUAAAUCCGAGGCGGUUUUGCAAAUGGACGCGGAAAUCGACGAUGCUAUUGAUAAACUAGCCGACAAGCUACUAUCACGAGGGAAGUCGGCCGACAGUAAGACGACGAAAGAUGCAGACGGCGCGGAUGGUGCUGAACAAGACUUGAUAGCGGCAAGGAAAGCCCAAGCGUCCAACUUCUCCAAGGAAACCAAAGACACGCUAAAUGUCCUAGACGAAUACAUCUCCAAAAUUGAGAAUCUGAUGGAAAUUCAAGCUUAUAGAAGACUUAUUGCAGAUUCCAAGCCACGAGGUUUCCGCGGUGACGUGCUUUGUCCCAAGUGCAGAUUAAUGAACAGAAAAGAUCCAGCAUUGGAAGUUUUCUCCAGUGGUAGACUGAGAAAUGUUUUAUGCCGGAAGCAUUCUGCAGCAGACAAACCAAACGGCUACCGUGACCAACUGACUGACGACAUUGACCGAAUUAUUGAUGAUCUGGAGGAAGACUGGUGGUAUCGUUAGUUCCAAACAGUGAAAACCGGAAAUUCAAAAAUUAAGUGCAUUUUGGUGGAUUUCGUGUAAUCAACAAUUGACCGAUAAUAAAUAUGGUUAAUUUUC